UAAGAGCCGGGUUAAACAUGAAAGGCGAUACGGUUUUAAUUUUCGUCAUAUUCGUAUUAAUAUCGGUAAAUAUGUGCAGUAGUCAGAAAAUGAAGAAAAAAGAACACGACAAGAAAAAGCUCAACCGUUACCAAGCCAACGGUAACGACGGAAGGAAAGUUAAAGUGACAAACUGGGGAAACUAUGGGUGGAAUAGCGGGCAAGAAGUAGACGCGAGAAUCCUCAAGGAAGUACUUGAAGGUCUUGCAAUUUUCGAAAAAGGAGAAGGCUGCCCCCUAGGAAAAGGAAAAUGUGAAUCAGUAUCAGCCUAUUAUGUCUUAACAAAAUUAAUAAGCAACCUGUUAAACAAAAAAGAUAAUAAUGACAAUGAAAACGGAAAUGAUAACAUGAAUGACAACGAGCACCAUAAUAACAUAAAUAACAAUAAUGAUCACUCAAUGACAUUAUCAGACAAGACCAACUCAGAACCGGAAGACAAACACAAGAAAACUUUGAAAAAUGUACAUGAACAUUCGAAAUUGACUAAAUUAUUAUUUGUCUCGAAUGACUUUGAAAAGAAGAGAUUAUCGAAGAAAUUGUUUUAUUUUUAAAGUCUGUAGAUCAAAAGAAGACAAUAAUUCGUCAAAAACACGUCAAGUAAAAGAUUUUUGUAAACUUCAUUACUUAAUUUCAUUAUACUUUUACUUACUGAAUAUGGAUAGUUCAAGAACUAUGAUAAAGUAGUGUCACGGUAGUGUAAGUAUAAAAUCAUUAAACAAACACGAAAGCUACGAUUCGAGGUUUGUGAAACUGUUAAACAGUACGUAACUCUAAAAUUUUACUUUUAUUUCACACAUAAAUGCAUAACGAAUAUUUUUUAAUUAGAACUACCAAGUGUUAAGCAAUUUUUAACAAUCCGCUAUGUAGCACAAUUUGGGACUAUUUGACUACAAAUGUUUCUAACAAGCAGACGGAGAACUGCUCAUAGUUGUUUUCAAAAAAAUGAUGGCAAAAACGGUGAAUAUCUGAUCAAUAUAUAUUAGGUAUUUCUAUUUCAGUUAACAUUGUUCCGGCUGGGUUUCGCAGAAAAUGCUUAGCUUAUCAUUGAAAAUAUGUAUUUUGAAUAUUCGAUUAGAUACUGAAAUUUAGUCAAAUUAUUUUUAACUUAAAUUAUUGAAACUGCCCAUUCACGUCAUUAUAAUUGAUAUAUAUUCGCAGGCUCUUCUAAUUAUAACGUUAUCGGUGACACUCGGUUCCUCACAAGUGAUUUACGGAAAACUGAAAAUUGAAACGCAAGAGGGCAAAAAUAAAAGAAAUCAAGAUAUUGAAGUGAAACAAUUCUGGAUACUA